AUGGGAGGAUCUCGUUCGAUUCCAGACACGAGCCCAUUCAAGAGUUCAAUAAGGGGAUAUAAUUUAUCGAAUGAAGUUUUUUAUUUGGAUCUUACAUCGUCAUUUUCUACAAGUAAGCCACCGUAUGUAGACCUUACUGGAACUUCUGCGCGAUUGCAAUAUGGGAAUGAAAAAAGUGUCGCAUUAGUUGGUGGUCCUGCUAAUGAUGAAAUAUUUCUUGUUGGAGGUGUACAACAGGACCUUUCCCUCCUUGACCAAAUCGAUCACAAUGUAACAAUAACUUCAAAUCAGACAUUCAUGAUAAAUCAACUACUUAAUACUUGGAAUACAACAAAUCAAACUAUUUUUAUUUACCGUCCAUCUGGACGAACUUGGUUGAAUCCUGGAUCUGUUGCAGCAGUUGGAGGACCAACUAUUAGACGUAGAUCAACUUCAACAGUAUUUGUGAAUGGAAAGUUAUAUAUAUUUGGCGGUCGAGCUCAGAUAGAUACAGGAUCACUUGUAUUUACUUGCUUUAAUGAUUUCUAUACUUACGACACAAUUCUGUCAAAGUGGGGUAAAAUUAAUGCUGAUAAUGUUCCUUCUCCUCGAAGUCAUAGUACUGCAACGUUACUUCCAGAUGGUAAGAUUCUUUACAUUGGAGGUCUCAAUCAGACUACUCCUGGAGAUGCUGCAUCACCAAUCGACAUGAGAGAAAUCCCAGUAUUCGAUACAGUUUCUUCAACCUGGUCAUAUAAACAAGCGACAUAUGAAUCAACCUUUAUUCAGCCUAGAGCAGGCCAUUCAGCGAACCUGGCUCCAGAUAAUCAGUCAAUAAUUAUAAUUGGCGGAACCUCAAGUAAAUUAUCA